CCGCAGGCGCCUCGCCUAGCUCCCUCGUGCCGCACGUAGAAUUUAAAUGUACCUCUACUUGCUGAAAAAUUAUCUGACUCUCGUCAAAUCCACCUCAAUGUCAACACCACUCUCAAAUCCUCCUCUAAUUGCAACAUCUUCAUCUUCUGAUGUAGUCGUGGUCAAUAAAAUGCAACAAUUACCCAACCCACACAAUAGAAACUUUUUGAAUCGUGCUAAGCAUACCUGCUUGCCGACGUCUUGCACAGAAUUAUAUGCUUCACACACAUAUGCAUAGAGGAGCACGACCUCCACAUACGUAAACUUGCAUACAUAGACUGACGAAAAUCUAUCUCUCUGAGUAACAAAGAUCUGCACGUACUAAAAUUGGAAAGAAGUGCUUAAGAACGUUACUAUUUAUUACCACAUAAGCAUAUUAUCAAGCUCAAGCAACACAUCUACUUCUACAUACUACAUCAACAUAGUACUUCUACUUCUUCAGGAGCAUUAUCAAAUAUCGACGACUUCAUCUCGUGAACAACAGCUACAACUACAAACACAAGCGCAGCAGCUUCUACGAAAGCAUACAUCACACCUCCAACGACAGCAGCAGCACACAACAACACAUCAUCUCCACGACACCAAGGAGAAGAUCCACAGGAUUGAUACCUCGAUUAAAUAUUCGAGUCGUGCAGGGGUGGAUAUUAGAUUAUCUAACCGACCUACAAUCUAGUCCUCCUAUCAAUAUUUCACUCCAUGAUUACGCGACCCUGAAAAAUAUCGACGUAGUUCCAAGAACAACUUCUUCUACUACUGCGACAGGUCUGUGCUAGAGGUAGACCAACUACUACCUCCAGAUCUACCACUACCUCACACCUCAAGAAGAACUACAUCUGUAGUAUUAAAAGAAGUGGUCUUCUACUGUACUUCUAGUAGAACCACGAAGACGAAGACAUCUUAAAAGAAGUCUUCUACUGUACUUCGAGUAGAACCACGAAGUAGACUUCUUCUUCUUGUUCUUGAACAAGGAGAGGCAGACACGAGGCAAGAAGAUGCCGUCUCGCAUGUACAACCCCGCUUUGGUGAAGGAUGAGGCGAAUCCUAAUAGUACUAGCAUGAAAGAUGCUUAUCGUACCGGACAGAAAACUGCCGUGCACAGUCUCGACGAAUUCCUGAACUUACAUGGAGGAAUGGAGGCAUUUGCGGACCAGUACGAGAGCGUAACCGUGAUCAACCAGACAACAUACGAUUAUGAUCGAUUUGAACAUCUUCUCCGUCAUUUUCAAAAAAACCUGAGAACAAGAACUACUGCUCGUCGUGCUGUAGUGAUAAAUCUAUAAAAAAACAAAGAAUGCGGGUAGUACAACUGGAGGCGUUGCUCAAGUAGAAAUACUAGUCCACCUACUGUACCACUUCAACGAUCCUCAUUUCGUCAUUACUUACUUCAACGGCGGUCCUUUUCUCUAAUGUAACCAUUACUUCAACGACCCGCACUGGAAGGCGAUGCUAAAAGUACAGAACACCCCGAUGGAGGGCGUAGGAGAGAAGGUAAGACGAACAACGACGUCGACAUCUGAGGAGAAUUGUUUUCGACAGUUGAAUUUAUUAUCUACUUAUCAGUAUGGUAUUAAAAAUAUGAAUAUUCAGGAGGAGGAUCAUGGUCAGCAUCAUCUUCAUUUUUGUUACUCUAUAUAACGAUGGAGUAACGUUGGCAAAACUGGCGAGUCACGCAUCCCAUAGCAGGAAAAUCGGUUGCCUUCCAACUUGUAGUAGGAGGGUAGCGCGACUGAAUGAAUGAAUGAAAUGAUGGAUAUAGAAGAUAGGUACAGCGAAUGGUUCCGGUAUUAAUUUGGUAACCUGAAUUUGAUCAUAAGGGAAAACAAGAAGAGAACCCUUAUGAUCGAAUUCAGGUUACCAAAUACCAGAGCCAUACAGUACAGGCAUGUUUCGUUUUUUUCUGACCAACUUCUCCAGCUUCCAACCGAUGGAUAUGCAGUCAAGGACAAUACUUUCGAUAGGUGCUACGGACACAGGACCUUCGAUAUUGAAUUCCCAGCCAGUGUCGAAAGCGGACGCUUCUUUGUACAACUUUUUGAUCCUUAACGAGGUUAUAUGACUUUCAAAUCUUUCGUGGCUUUGGCAGUACAAUCGCAGCAUCCAUUUCGAAUAUGAUGUCAGACGAUCAACAUCACUGUGCUGGAUAUGGAUUCUCCAUCGAUCUUCCUCUUUACUCAGCGGAGUGUGAAUGAAUAACAUCAUCUUGUUUGAUAUUCAUCUACUUCCUCGUCGUCAUCUUCUUACGAACCACAGCGGGAAGGCAAUCGUGACUUGAAGGCAGGACAGAACUUUCGAUCAAAGGGACCGAGGCAAAUGAUUCAUGAAGGUCCUACUAGUAUCAGAGACGAUUCAGAACGAACUACUACUAAGUUAUUUUACUAGAAGCUGCAUUAAGAUUCUGACUACAACUUCUUGUUUCACUACGUCGGCAUUCGUAUGAAUACCGUCCUGUGGUCAACAACAAAUACAAACGUUACACUGUGGUAGAGCAGUAAGAUACUAGAAGCUGCAGCUGCAUGAAGAUUCUGACUACAACUUGUCUCACUACAAACAACUGCAACUACAACUACACACAACACAGCCGCCGCAGCGGAUCAUGCGGAUAAGUAUGUCGCAGCAGUCGAACAGAUCGAGGAGGCCAGAUGUGUAUUCCCGUUUCCGGUGACCACAAACCAAGAGUUGAACUUAUGACGAAACUGCAGUUUUGAAGCCCACUUGUUGGAGAGUCACUCACUCUGAGUAUAGCAAGCGAAGAAUACUUGCAAGAUUCAAAGGUCUCAUGGUGGAAGUCAUGAAGAUCGAUUUACUCAAGUACUCACGGACUAGCAGGACCACGACAACCACGCACUACAUCUAGCUACGUGGGACCUUUAAAGAUACUGGCACAUUAUAUACUGCAAAGAUGAUAUAGUAGAUUUUGAAGUAGCUGAGGGUGAGUAUUUUCUUUUUGGUUAUAUGACUAUGAGACACGACCCUCCCCGUUUCCCAUCUUCUCCUCCUUCAUAUCCUCAGCGUACGGAAGCAACGAAGCCACCAGCAGGCCCACUGCGGACGCGAACUGAUGUGCGAACGCAAACUAGCUAUUCCAAGGACGUUCCAAUCACCUUCUACACCGAACAACUGAAAAGCGACAGUUGUACUAAAAAACCUUGAGUUAUCGAAGAAUCGAAUUAAGUAGAAAAUAUAGCUAUGCACAAUAUUAGGUGGAUCAGCGGUUGUAGUUGUCGUUGUGCCUUCUAUCGUGAUCAAGAUCUUCUUCAAGUUCAAGUUCUCACAAGCUACCCACCAGCUUUCUUCAUCUGUGUGGUCGAUAUCCAAUAUAUAAAUAUCCAUCUGCAUCCGCAACCGCAUCUCUGCUCAACACCUCCACAGCUUUCGUCCGUUCUAGCGUGAAUGUUUCGGCAGCAACAGGACAUCACCUUUUUGGAAAAAACGCCAAGUUUUCAGCACCCACGAACCUAUCCUACACGGAGCAUCCCCACAAAACCGAAGCGGAUAAUGAGAUGUUCCAUUAUGGCUAGGAGAACUAGAAGAAGGAUCAUGAUAAAUUUGUAUUUGAUACUAGAUGAUGGAAACCUCCAACCUCUAAUAAACCCUGACAUAGCUUCUAUGGACAACUUGCAGAUAUUACCAAGUACAAUAACAAGCGACUGGGACUAGCUUGGAUAUUUUUAACAAGUGGUCUCUUUAAUUACCACCUAUCGAGAUUCUAAUCCCCGCAGAGCGAGGCACGCAGAUUAGAGACGCAGAAGGCAGGCGAGUCGGUCCCAUCGGAGGGUGAGUUGGAUGCAGUGACAAACCUAGCACAUCUCAAAAUUGCCCUCGUUACAGGAUUGAGGGAGAAAGAAGGUGCUUAUACUUGUUGUGCUUAAAUACUUGUUGUACAUAUACAACUUGUUGUACUUCUCAACUUACAACUGUUACUUAUACUUGUUCUUGUACUUCUCAUGAUGAUCAUGCUGAAGAUGAACUCCAAUUUUGGUUUCUUAUUUGAUGUGGAUCCUAUUAUUUCCAUCAAGAUGUUGUUGACUAGUAGAGUUUUGACAACAUGAUCCCACGUCUUCUUCAGGACCUCUGUGCCUAGCGAAAUUGCGUCAAGCAAUGAAGGACGCGUGUGACAAGGACGGCUUCUUACCAAAGGCAUUGGCCUGCAAGAUUUUGGCGACGAGUGGCGUAGACGAGAAGGCAAUCGGGUUUCUUGUAGUUAAGGCUCACCACGAGCACGAUAGUAGUUGAAAUCUUGCGAGGCACCUUGACUUCUGUAGAAUAGAUUCAGUAAUCAUCAAGUAGGCGCACAAUAAUUCUGAUCGCCAGCACAUCAAGGCGAUCGUUUUUAUUCUUCGCAUGAUUUCCAUUUCUGCUCCUCCACAGUACAACGUAGAUAAAAGAGAACGGUACCACCAUCACAUUGUGAAGAGCAUCUGCUUACUGUUAUUGUGAAGAACGGUAUCACCAUCUGCUUACUGCUAUUCUAUCUGCUCAUCGUUGUAGACGGAAGUAGUUGAGGAGUCAUCUUUUAUGCCCCUGGAGUGGGUACGUUCAUUCAUUCACUCACUCACUCACGGACUCACUCACUCACGGACUCACUCACUCACGGACUCACUCACUCUAACUUCGAACGCAUGCAAGUAAAUUCCGACGUUGCGAUGCAUCCCUUGCUACAGGCUGUGCGGCCGCCCAUCCGUCAGGGUGGUGAACGGGCUCUCUGGCUCAGCGAAGUCUUGGCCGCUGGGAGUGAAAGUUAUGAGGUGCUGACUAGGUUGCAAACUUUCGGUCGUUGUACUUGUACUCUUGUACAACUAGUCUUCUUGUUGAUGGAAUUGCAAAAUAAAAGUUAUCCUGAUGUAUUGGUGAUUCCAGAUGUUGAGAGUUUUCCAACUUCGUUUAUUUCUUGGAGAGGAUCUGUUCGGAUGACUUUUUUCUUGAAAUUUUUUUUUGAUUUCUAAACCACGUGGACUGAGGCCUGCGGUUCCGCGGCUUGUGAGAAGUUUGGCUUGACCGACAAAGACGCUGGCGAAACGUUUUUGAAUGACGUUGCGGCAGUGUGCUUUGAUGUUGCCGAGAUACAAGCAGCGGUACAGGCAGCCUAG